CUGUUGUGGUUCAUUUGUUGACCUGCCAAAGGCUUUUGAUGAUGUUAACCACAGUGAUCUUCUCAAACUGCAACACUAUUGAGUCAGAGGUCACUCCCCCUCAAUUCCUGAAAUCUUACCUCGGUGACAGGCUCCAGUAUGUUUCUGUGAAAGGCGCUACUUCUCUCACCCAUCCAACUAACAUUGGGUGUUCCUCAGGGUAGUUAGUAUACUUGGUCCAUUCCUCUUUUUCAUUUACAUUAAUGACCUUCCAAAUGCCACUCAACACCUCAAGCCAGUUUUGUUUGGUGAUGACACAACCUUCAUUUUCUCUAACCCACUUAUUCUAAAUAACAUUGUGAAUACUGAACUAAAAGUCCAUCGGUGGCAAACUGCUAACAAACUCGCCCUUAACGUUGAUAGGAACAUGAGGUCCUGUGAUGUGUAGAUUUGUGAAAAUUACGUGAUGUGUAGAUGGGUGAAACUGCUGUUGUGUGGUGUGAAUGUCCACUUGCUACUGUGAACAUUAUUACCAGCAUUGUGUUCACUGAUAUCUGAACCUUGUACAUAGUCUUUAUUGCAGUUAGGGUUUUCUAUGACACGUUAAUUGCACAAUACAGUAAUGUUAUUUAUUUUGUCAUUAAGUAUUGCUGUGAGCACAAGCUGCAUAGUGGUACUGUGAGCUGCAGCAUGUGCUAUCCGCAGUCACUUGCUCAGUAAUGAGGCCCUCACAUCUAGGGAGGGGGUGCCCACAAUUUUUUAUUAUUUAAAUUGGUGUCUGUUUACUGGAGGCCUGAGGAAGCAAAUAUGAGCCCCUGUGUAUGCGUGGGACUUUUAAAUCUCACGUGGUACAUAAAAUCAUCCCUUUAUGACUGAUGUAGUGUGGUCAGAUAUGGUGUGACCAUCCCUGUACGAGUUAUGCAGUAGAAGGGUUAAAAUGAAUGAUUUCAAGCUCAUUCCAAGUGUACAAUACAGUAGAGGUGGUUGACAUCAGCUCAAUAUCAAAAUGCAGAGAAGACGAAGGUGGACGUCAUGACAGCCCUCCACAACUAUCGAGGACUAUCACCAAAGCUUGACAAGUUUGUCUUUAAUGAUGGCACCGAUCGAGAGUUGUUGAACCUAGAUGGGACGAUCCCAGUCCGUUACAAAGUAUUCCGCAGUGGCACUUCACGCUACUUACUGUGUCUUGAAGGCACGAUACCUGUUACGUAUAAAGGUGCAGUUUACAACAUUCCAAUCUGCAUAUGGCUGUUGGACAACCAUCCCUUUUCCUCUCCCAUGGUAUAUGUCAAGCCAACUCCAGACAUGCUCAUCAAGGCCUCUCGUCAUGUCGACCAGAACGGGAAAGUGUAUCUUCCCUAUUUACACGAAUGGAACUUGAAUUCAUCAGAUUUGCCGGGUCUUAUCCAGAUUAUGAUCAUAACAUUCAGUGAAAUGCCACCAGUAUACUCCAAGCCUAAGAGUGCACAGCCCGCCACAGGAUCACCGUAUCCCACGCCAUACCCUACUAACCCUCCAGGAUAUAUGCCAAUGCCUGGAGGUGGUCCAAGCCUGCCAUAUCCCCCAGCUCAGCCAACCGCUUCCGGAGCGUAUCCGCCUUAUCCAUCACAACCUGGCUAUCCACCCACAAGUACCCCAUAUCCAGUCUAUCCCCCAACUAGCUCAACAGGGUACCCACCUUCCCAGCCUGGUGGACCCCCUGCAACCUACCCCCCACCAUACACCCCUGGAAUACAAUACCCCUCAUAUCCAUCCACCACCUCUUCGAACCUACCUACUCAGCCCACAACUACUGAGACAAAUACAACAACUGCAAGUACUGGCACUAUAACAGAGGAGCACAUACGUGCAUCGCUAAUCUCGGCUGUAAGCGACCGGGUUCGUGCUAAACUUCGUGACAGCUAUGGAGGUGCUCAAGCCGAGGUCUCUGUAUUGAGGCAGCAGCAAGCUGACCUUAAUGAAGGCAAGACCAAGGUUGAGGGACUGAUAAGCAAAUUAGAACAGGAACAGGCUGAAUUAGACAAGAAUGUAAGAGUACUGAGGGAGAGGGAAGCAGAAAUCAAAUCUGUGCUGUCUCGGCUCUCAUCUGCUACAGAGCCUCUAGAUGUUGACGAGGCAGUUACCACCACCGCUCCUCUUUACAAACAGCUAUUAAAUGCAUAUGCUGAGGACCAAGCUACACAGGACGCUAUUUAUUACUUGGGCGAGGCAUUACGACGAGAUGUGAUUGAUUUGGACCUGUUCUUGAAGCAUGUCCGCUCUCUUUCUAGGAAGCAGUUUCAGUUGCGUGCAACAAUGAUCAAGUGUCGAGCCAAGGGCAAUAUGGCUGGCUAAGUUGUGGAAAUCAUAAAAUGCAAAUGAAGGGCUAAAAAUGGUUGAAUCUGUUAAGAGGCAGAGCUAGAUGUAUCAUCCUUUUAGUUUUGUAAAUUAAGUUUUGUUAAGUAUCAUAUAUGGUAUUAGAAUAUGGUUUUAGAGCAAGAUUUGCCUGGUUAUACAGUCAGCAUCGCUUGUUGCCAUUUUUAGAUGUGCAAUUUCUCCACCUACAACCACAUCUGUGGUUGUUUUACGGAACAUCACAAGGUUGUGUGUUACAAGUAGGCCUACACAUCACAGGGUCGUGUGUUGCAAGUAGGCCUUCACAUUCAGUUAUUGUUGUGUUAAUGUUCAUCCAUCACAUUUCAUUGGUUACAUAUUUUGGAUCAUUACUGUAUUUCCAUUGUAGAAUUUUAACAAAUGGUUCACACUAAAAAAUGAUUAAACUUCUAAAAAAAUCAUAAGAAAAUGUAAGCAGAUUCAAUUAGGGUUUUAUCUAAAAACCAAAUGGUAAUUCCUGUAAUAGGUGUGUUUAAUAUUGCCUCAGCCAUUAAUAAUUAUAUAAACUCAUGACGUUUAGUAAACAGAAUCUUUAUUUCUUAAUUUUGCACAGAAAUACAAUUCCACGAAGUGUAAAUAAAGGAAUUUUUAUAUGCCUUUAAGUUCAUAUUUUGUUUUGUGAAAUUAAGCAGCAAAACGUGUUUACCACGAGUUGUCACGCGUUGACACGUCCUGCUAGGGGUUGCUGGGGAUAGUGAUCAUUGUUGUUAAGAAUUUAACAUCUCAAAGUGGCUAAAGUUCUCAUCUUUUCCAGCAUUUUAUUUCAUGCUUUGACCAUUAAGAAAGGAUUUAGUAAGUGCAGUCUGUACUAGAGUACAGUAAUUUUAACUAAAUUAGUUUGGGUUUGACAUAGAUCAUGGGUAUGAACACAUGGGGGCACUGCUUGCUUGAUGAUGAUUGCACUGUAAUUAUACCUUCUUUCAUGUGCUUCAAUUGAAUUUUGUGUUUCUUAUACACUCAAAAUUUUCCUUAACCAUAGAAAAUAUAAAUUGCACUAAAUAUUUAUUAUUAAUUUUGUUACACAAAAGUUGUCACAAUUGUCUGUUUAUAUUAUAUCUAUCAUAUUUUUCCAGUUAUCACUGUUACUUGUUUUUAAUACCAUAUAUGACUGAUAGGCUUAGUAGUGUUACUGUUUUGCCUUUGCAAUCAAGGUUAGCUAUUUGGAGUGUUGAAAUGUCAAGUGGACGUGUGUUUUGAGAGAGCUUGAAUGUGAGAACUUUUCAAAAGAUCUGCCACUAUUAAUGUAUUAUAUAUUCUAAUAGUUCUCCUACAUUAUUGCUACACUGCAUUUACCAGAAGCUCACCUGUUGUAGAGAUAGGAGAAAAAUGCAGUUGUAGAUUUAGUAUGUCCUAAAACAGGGAAUGUAUAGUAAUCAGUACCUCAGGUUUCAGAGAAGGAAUAUCACUAUUCAAGAGUAUUCAAAGUUAUUUGGAGGACUUUCAGACCUAAUUGUAUGUGCUUUAGUUUAGUUUUGGGGGCAAAGUGUAGCAGUGGCACUUGGAGGAGUCUGCAUAUUUGUGGGGAUUGCUCUGACUCAGGUAGGGAAAGGAUGGGUUUACAUUAUGCAUGCCUUGUAGCAAGUAUCUGCCUCUGCAUUAACUGGGUGCUUCAUCAUCACAGUUGCAUCAUGUCACACGUGCAUGUUGUGUCGUGGAGUAAGUCAUGUCUGCACUGCCGAGUUGCAUUAUCAAGUUCACAGUCUGUGUUAUGCAUAUUAUUUGUGGUGUUUUGUUUUAUUAUAUAAGAUGUUUCAGUAUUAUAUCGUUUGGUUUUUUGAUUUAGGAAACGUUAUCUGCAAACUGAUUAAAAUGAAAUAUUGCGCACAUGAUAUAUUACAUGUGCUAUAUUUUAUUGUUUCUUCUUACUGAGUGCAAGAGUAAGACAGCAUAGGGAAAGUCUACAUGUCUAGACCACUGACCAUGUCCAAGUGGCCAAGACCAGAAGAUGUAACAGCAGAAUGAACUUUUGCCAAAGAAAUCUUCGCACUCAUGUUCCAUUGUGCUUGCUUUAAAUGCUGACUGAACGGUGAAUAAUUGGCUCCAGGAAUAAUGACCAAUGCACUUGCAAUGCAUUGUAUUUGCUUUAAUGGCUGAAUGAAGAGGGCAUAAUUGGCACUGGGAAUAUUGACCAAUGCAUUGUGUCCCAGGGAGCUGUUGCUCUGGUCCAGGAAAUAUUUUUUCUAAGUCACUUGAAUAUACUCAUGACAAAACUGUAAUACUGUAUAUGAAGUUGCACAUUUUUGCUUUAAUAUGUAUAAUUGAUUCAAGACUGUUUGUGUAGCAUUUCCAUUCAUGUUGAGCAUCCCUUUGUAUUUUGAAUUCUUUUGAUUUUGUAAGUACUUUCUCAUAAAUAAAGUUUAAGUGACUAA